CCAACAUUGCAACACCUGUAUUUUUAUUUUGAGGAAAUAAAAAUAUAGGAUGGCAACUGUUCUAAUGGCGCUUGCUCUGCCUUGCAAAUUCCAAUCUCCACGCCAUUCGUUGCAGAAUUCUAAAUCAUUCCAUGGCUUCGACUGAGUCGGAGACAACAACGUUUUACCAAAACGUCGUCGUAAUGAGGCACGGCGACCGCAAGGAUAACUUCGAUCCAACGUGGAUAAAAACGGCGGAGAGGCCGUGGGACCCUCCGCUUGUAGACAACGGCAUGGCUAGGGCUUUCCGAACCGGUCGCACUUUUCGCACCAUCCUACCCUUCCAGAUCCACCGAGUCUUCGUCUCCCCUUUUAUCCGCUGCGUCCAAACCGCAUCCGAGGUCGUCGCCGCCCUGUGUGCCGUCGAUGUCGAGGCCAAUGCCAAGUCAUCUACCGACGUCAUAAAAUUCGACCCAUCAAAAGUCAAGGUUUCUAUUGAGUAUGGUUUGUGUGAGAUGUUAAACAAAGAAGCGAUUAGGGUUGAUGUAGCGCCGAAAGAUGGAAACUUCGGUUUCGAUGUUCCACUGCUUGAGACUAUGUUCCCGAGUGGGACGUUGGAUCCUAGUCUUGAACGAGUUUACGGAAAGAUGCCACAAUGGGAAGAAACGGUGGAUGAAUCUAGAAGUAGAUAUAAACAAAUUAUUAAGGCAUUGGCUGAUAAAUACCCCUCUGAGAACUUGCUAUUAGUCACACAUGGGGAAGGAGUUGGAGUUUCGAUAUCUGGGUUCUUGGAGCACACGACAGUGGUUGAAGUAGAAUAUUGUGGUUAUGCAGAGUUAAAAAGAUUAAUGACAUGCACAAAUGGGUCAACCACUGCUGGAAACUUUUUGGUGCUUACAAAAAGUGGCCAGAGUGGGAUUACUUAUUUUGAUUAAAGAAUGUUUCAACAAAUAAUCAAUUCUUCUUUCAUGAAAAUCUUGUCUUUUUACUUCCCUUGCAUGACGAUGAACCAAUGCCUUUCUUUUCUUUGGAUGAUGAAAUUGAUGAUAUUGAUUCCAUUUUGCUAAA